AGAUAGUGUAAGAGGAUACUUCCUAAAACUCAUCCAUCAUCAUAUUUAGUAAGAAGACAUUAGAAGCAUGAGUGCUAAAACUAAGACAACCGAGAAGGGAGAGAAGAAGAGCCAGAAGAAGAACGCAAAAAAACGAAAGGAUACCAAAAAUGAGUCUUUAAAUACAACCUUACAGUCAGAGGUCACAAGCAAGGUGGUUUUAAUUCCAAAGGAGAUGCUUCAAGAUAAGACCCUAGAAGGAAUCAGCAGAGUUCAUUCACUUACUGUUUGCAUGUUAAAAGGUCUGGCUGAACAGAAAGGAUUUCUUAAUCACCAGUUUGUAACACUUACAACUAAUGGGGAAGUUUUACCUGCACAUCUUAUAAUUGACAGUAAAAUCAAAGAAAAUUUGGUAAUUAUUAAAGAUGAAACUUCCAAGUUAUUGUGUGAGGGAGAAGAUGUGGUUGUAACCUCACAGUGUUCAAGAUUAUUUGCAGAAGAAGUAAAACUGUGCCUUCUGAAUACUACGGAAUUAUGUGAAUCAGCUGCAUUUUUAGCAUAUUUAAAAGAACAGCUUGUAAAUCAGUGUUUAGUAUUGAGAGUUGGAAUGACUGUUAUCAUCAGUUACUUGAGUCAAGACAUUGUGCUACAAGUGAAGGCUUUGAAAAAUUUUGCAAUUGAUGAUGUUGAUGUGGCAAAAGUUCCUUGCCAAUGUAUACGGCAGACUUGUAUUUAUGUAGAAAACCAGAAAACCUCUGGAGAUAAUGUAGUGGACACAAGAGUAUGCUUUGAUUUCAUAGGAGGUUAUAAAACAAUACUACAAGAUCUACAAGAAGAAAUACAGUUAUUCAUGUCUAAUAGUGGCUCAAAAAUUAAGAAAAUGGAUGGAAUAUUAAUUAGUGGACCAUCAGGAUGUGGGAAGAGUCUGAUAGGAGAAGCAUUGAAAAGUAAAUACAGUACCAAAUUUCUUAGUAUGCAGAUUGAGGAUGUAAAGAGCAAGUUCAUAGGAGAAACAGAGCAAAACCUAAAGAAGCUGUUUGAUAAAGCUGUUGAUAGGGCCCCAUGCAUACUCUUCAUUGAUGAUAUAGACAUAUUGUGUAGCAGCAGAGACCGAAAAGGUUCAACAGGCAUAGUCACUGCUCUUCUACAUUUGAUGGAUGGUGUUACUGGAAAUUCCUCUAGAGGAGUGCUUGUAGUUGCAACAGCAUCAGAUCCUAAGAGCCUAGAUGCUGCAUUAAGAAGACCAGGUAGACUGUCACAGGAUGUGUGCCUUCAGGCCCCAAGUGAAGUGGACAGGCAAGAUAUUUUUGAAAAAAUGCUCUACAGAGUGCCAAGUAACUUGACAGACAGUGAUCUACACAUCCUGGCAGAAAGAACUCCAGGCUAUGUUGGAGGAGACCUGCGAAGGGUUAUAAUGGAGGCAAUAGUUCAAGCAGAUGGGAAGGCAAUAGAUAGAGAAAUGAUACAAACUGCCAUAUCUGUUGUCAGACCAGCAGCUCUCCAAGCUUCAAACACAGCAGAUAGAAAGGUCCAGCUCUCAGAUAUCCAUGGUUACAAUCAGCUGAAGCACCAUUUGCAGGAGUCAGUGAACUUAACUCUCAGUCACAGUGCCAUCUUCCAAGAUUGUGGAAUUUCUCCUCCAUCCAGAUUCUUCUUGUUUGGCCCUCCAGGAUGUGGCAAAACUUCUUUGGUCAUGGCCAUUGCAACGGAAUUCCACCUAAAUGUCAUUCCUGUUAAGCGAUCCACAGUGUUAGGAAAAUAUUUUGGAGAAUCUGAACAGAAUCUUGCAAAAGUUUUCCAGAAGGCUCAGGAAUCAUCUCCUUGCAUUAUACUUUUUGAAAACUUUGAUGGCCUUGCUGGGACCAAAAGUGAUGGAGGUGUUGACGUGGAGAAUCGUAUUAUCAACCAUCUCAAAGUCCAGCUGGAUGGCAUUGUCCGAAAUGAUGGUGUAUUCAUAUUUGCAGAAACAAAUAGGCCUGACUUAGUGAACAAGGAUUUGAUUCGCCCUGGACGAUUCCAUGAGUAUCACUUCAUUGACUUGCCAGAUCAUGAUGAUAGGGAGGCAUUACUGAGUAAAAAUUUAUUGAGCUCACUGCAGGAAAUACCUCUGGAUCAAUUAGUUGAUUUAACAAAAGGAUUUACUGUUUCUGAGAUUAUCCAGUUUUGUGAAGAACUAAGAACACAAGAUAAAGAGAGUGCUGGUUUGAAUAACUUAGAUGACACCAUCAGUAGAGCUUGUAUAGAAGAUGCUUUGGAGACAGUUGUGCCUAACACUUCUCUAAAGAUAAUGAGCAGAUACCAUUCAUUUGCACAGAUAUAUUGUUCAUCAGGAAAUAAAGACACAUUUAGAUAAUUGA